AUGGAGGGGGAGAGGCUUCCUCUUGUCCUGGUCUGUGCUCAGACUGGCAGUUUCGAUUCUUCUAAGUGCGACGAGGCGCUUACGAGUGCCGUCCGAGUGCUGAUGAGUAUGAAUCGACUCGUGAGCCUGCAGCUGGGAGGGAGUGGGCCGCAUGCUGUCGAGCUUCUUUGCAGGUUGUUCCAUGCCGGGUUCAAGAUGCGUCAGAUCAGCAGCCUCAGCCUGAGCAGAAACAAGCUUUCAUGCAAGGAUCUUUUCCCCCUCAUAGCUUCCCUCCAGCACUGCUCGACUCUGCAAUGUCUGGAUCUCUCCUUCAACUCCAUCGACGCGGACGAUCUUUCGAAUCUCAUAGCGAUCGUCGAUCUGAAGUCUUUGAUCAGCUUGGACUUGAGUCACAAUGCGUGUGGCGGGUGGUUCCAUCAGAGUCAGAGGCAAAGGCUCGUUGAGCUUACAGCAUGUGGCAUGCAGAGGAAGGAACCAGCGCGAGCACAUAAGGAGUGGAGAAGUUGUCGGCAUCUUGCUAUGAUCUCAAUCUCCUCUAACUCCAUCACUGACGUUGGAAUCUCCUCGAUGCUUGAGGCGAUCAAGAGGUCUCAGAAUUUUUCUCUUAACCUCUUGGAUCUUCAUGAUAACAGCAUCAGUGACAAGGGAGUACACAAGCUUGCAGAGAUCGUUCAAAUGUGCAGAGAUCUUUCCCAGCUCUACUUGGGCAGGAAUGUCAUUUCCGACUUCGGGGCCCUGCAGAUGUCCAGAGCUCUUGGACAAAGCCGCUUACAAGUAUUGGAACUGGGGGAGAACAGGAUUAUGGAUGAAGGAGCGACGGCACUUGCAGAAGCUCUCACCUCCUGCAAGUCCCUGGCUGUGUUGAGUCUGGUAGAGAACCACGUGGGAGAUAAAGGGGCCCUCCGUUUUGCUGAAACUCUUGAGUGA